CUGAGAUUCAGAGGAGAAGGGACAAAAAAGCGCGCACACAAACACACACAUAUACACAUACACACACACCAUCACACACCACAGGUUAAAACAUGACUGCUUCAUCCAUGGCGCACAACCUGGGGAAACAUCCUAGCGCAAAGGAGGAAAGAAAGCUCAGAAAGCCGCUCAUUGAGAGAAAGCGGCGGGAGAGGAUAAACAACUGUUUGGAUCAGCUCAAAGAAACCGUGAUCGGAGCGUUCAGGCUGGACCAAUCCAAACUGGAGAAAGCGGAUAUUUUGGAGAUGACGGUGAAACAUCUGCAGAACAUCCAGAACAACAAAGUUAACGACCCCACGUUAGGCCUUGAGGCCCAGCAGAGAUACAGCACGGGCUACAUCCAGUGCAUGCACGAGGUUCACAACAUGCUCCUGACUUGUGAUUGGAUGGACAAAACUCUGGGCUCCCGUCUUCUCAACCACCUCCUCAAGUCUCUGCCUAGGUCCACCGAUGAGCACCCCCUCACCCUGCCCACACCCAGACUCGAUGCUGCUCUUCCAGCCACCCAAGCCGUCCCAGGGUCCCCCCUCAGAGUAGAGCAGUUCCAGAGAGAGGCUGGACCUCAGGAAAGGCCAGCACUCCACAGUUCCCACCUGGGGACACUUGAGAUGUGGAGGCCCUGGUGAACUGCUGGAUUGAUGAUCUUGGUUGUCCAUUCCGUUAGACCAUCCUUUGUUAUGUAUCUUAUAGAUAUGCUGCUCAGAAGACAAACAUGUGGGGCGGUUUUUGUUCCAGUGAUUAUUAUUGUAGGUGUGCUAUAAUGAUUCUAUACAGACCUUUUCUCAGUACUUCCCUUCAGAAGUUGACCGCUUGUAGCCUGCAUUAUAGAAGGCUCUUAUUAAUCUUUCGUGUAUUUAUUGUAUUAACAGCUUUAUUUAUUGUUAUUAUAAGGCAUGACUUUGCUUCUUAGACCACCUGCUUGGCCUUUGCAUAGAUUCCUCCUUUGCUGUACUAUUAACCUAAACAUUAUUAAUAAUAAAACUUAUU